AUUGAACCUCCUGGGGAGGAGGUUCGCUGUCUGAUCAUGUCAAAGACGAGUGAUGCUUGUUGUAGUCGUGUUAUCUUCGGAUCUGUCGUGUCUAGAAGUAGGUAGUCGAAUUACUGGCAAGAGAAGCUUGAAAUACUUGAUCAAGAGCACGGAUGUUGUACUUCUCGUAUUCAAGAACUUAUCCAGUCAUAUUAGUCGUUUGCUAGUUGUACUUCAAGGAACAGCUUGAGUCUGGACCUACUCGCAAUUAUAUAAAAGUAGCUGCUAUCCUAUGUUGAGUAGAAAAGAAAUAGAAAGCAGUUUGACUUUGAAGGUGAAUCAUCCAUAAGAACAACAACAAGUAUACAACCUCCACGAUUCUCAGUCGAAAUCGAAAGCGGAGUUAAUCUUUCUGGUGCAGUUCCUUUGAGCUGCAUCAAGGCCGAUCAACAUCGGGAGCAUGAUAACGCUUAGAUCUGCGACUUGUGCAGCUACACUGAGUAUGUGGCUGUUGCCGGGGUACUGCGGGUGUUUGCUGUCCUUAGCACUCUCGUGUACGCUGAUGGCAAUUGAAGUUGUAUUCGAGUUCGUGCUGUUGCCAUGCUUGCAGUUUCUGUUGCUAUGUGUAGCACUGCCCAUGUGGCUUGUGCUCGCGUACUACUUCUUUGAGGCGUUACAUUAUGUAUCAUCUUGGUGCUCAAAGUGGUGGAGUUUCCGUGUCAAUUCCGUUUCCGGCUACAACAGGGGUAGUAGUUACAGGAAAGUGCGGAGAUGGCUGCGACGUUUCUGGCUCAACACAUGCGACAAUCUAUCACAUUCCCUUUUUUGCGUACGGCGCUGGGCAUCAGCCACUAAGAGACACUGGGCUCAGCCACUAAGAGAGUCUUCGGCCGCUGCACGAGCAGCGUUUUUUUCAACGAGGACAUCAUCUUCCCGCCUAGCGCGUAGGAAGAAUAGUAGAAUGCAAAAAACAGAUAGAACAAAAGGAGGCGGCGAGGCUCAUCGACGAGAGGGUCCUGGUCUUCUACUACUUCCUUUUGCUGGUCUUGGCUGCAGUGGCUUUGUUGCGUCUUUCUGUUGUGUUUUCGGUGCCAUGAUGAUGGACAAGCUUCCCGCUGUGACCUUCUACUAUGGUGUGAUGUCUGGCGCUCUACCAGUAGCACUAGCAACAGCAUCAAUAAACAACAAUCCACCGCGGAAAAAUCAUCUUCAACAUCUUGAUGAUGGGAGCGAGGGCAUCGCGGGAACGGAAGUCGUGCAUAACUCUACAAGUGUUGACGACGGGGAGCUGAGUAAUGGUACUUACGUGAGCCUGUUGAGAUAGGUCUAAUUAUAUCUUAAUCUUAGUUUUUUCUACUUAGGUCUGCUCCAGCAACUACAUAGUUUGUUUUUGUUUUUCUAUCUUGGUGACGUGUUUAUUGUUCGACAAAAGUAAAAAUUGUUGUGCCGAAUAUCAUGUAGAUACUGUUGCACCAGUCAAGGGCAUCUUUGUAGACAUGGAUGUCAACACCAAAAAGGAGGCAUCUUUUACAUUUGUACAUGCUUUUCAGCACUCUCUUCACCUCAUUUUUCCCGGUGGAUGUCCGACGACAAAAAUACAUAGGCGUCCACAAGAGGAAGCAGAAGAUGCGUGUCAAUUAUUCUGGCGAAAUGACCGAUAUUCAAGAAGAUGAGGAAAUUCCCACUGCUUCGAGUUUCGUCGUUGUAUCUACCGGACAAGGAACACGAGAGGGAACAAUCUUUAUGGCCCACGAUUAACCUUGUGUUCGCAAAGUUUAUCCAUCUAGAGGUUUACCCUAUUCACGUAUACAACAUCAAGCACAUGCUUUAUUCUGAUUAUCUUGUCAUCGUUCAUGAUUUCUGCGGCGAAUCUUGGACGACUGGAGACAGCUGUAACGACGCUGACAACAAAAGGAGACCAGCAACGAAAAGAACGAGAAAAGCAACAGCAAAGCCAUGAACAAAAACAAUUUGAUCUGCAGCGACGCGGUCCAGAAACUGUGUCGCGCACCAUCUCCAGCAACAAGGAGGAGCUUGAAAAACUACAAAAAGAACAGCAGACACUAGCAAAUUGGAGACCAGACGCAGAUCUAUCACAAGCUCUGGAUCUGGGUCUGA